AUGAGCCACCCGUUCGGGCCCCGGCCGGCCGCGCUGGCCGCCGCGCCCCUGCUCUACCUGUACGGCCCCGAGCGGGCCGCGCUGCCCCUGGCCUUCGCCCGCGCCGAGCCCCCGCAGAAGCCGCCCUACAGCUACAUCGCGCUCAUCGCCAUGGCCAUCCAGCACGCGCCCGGGCAGAGGGUCACGCUGAGCGGCAUCUACCGCUUCAUCAUGGAGCGCUUCCCCUUCUACCGCGACAACCGGCAGGGCUGGCAGAACAGCAUCCGCCACAACCUCUCGCUCAACGACUGCUUCGUCAAGGUGCCGCGCGAGAAGGGCCGGCCGGGCAAGGGCAGCUACUGGACGCUGGACCCGCGCUGCGCCGACAUGUUCGAGAACGGCAACUACCGGCGCCGCAAGCGGAGGCCCAGGCCGGGCCGCGCCGAGCCGCAGCCGGAGCCGGGGAGCGCGCGGGGCGCUGGGGCACAGCCCGAGCCCGAGCCGGCCGGCGCCGCGCGGCUCCCCGGGCCCGCGCGCCCCCGGACCCGCCCGGAAGGCCCCCGGAGCCCGACGCCCCUCCUCGGGUCGGACCCGGAGCCCGGCGCGGGGGCUGCGGCUGGGGAGGUCCGCGCGCUGGCGCGUCCCGUGUCCCCUCUGCGCCCCGACUCCCGCAGCUCCCCCAAGAGCUGCGACAAGUCCACGAGCUUCAGCAUCGACAGCAUCCUGUCCGGGAGGCAGGGCCAGAAGCCGGCCGGCCGGGGUGAGGCCUUGGGGGACGCCAAGCCCGGGUCUGGAGCGCCCCCGGGGGUCACCUCGCUUCUGGCUGCCGGCCCCGGGCUCUGGCCACCAUUCAACGCCUCCCUGAUGCUCGACCCGCACGUCCAGGGUGGCUUCUACCAGCUGGGGAUCCCUUUCCUCUCCUACUUCCCGCUGCCAAUCCCUGACGCCACCCUGCUGCCCUUCCAGUGAAGCCCCGGGGGGCCGGGCUCCUUCCUGCCCAGGCCCGGGGCCCACCGGCUGGACGCCAG